GAAACCCCAUAGGCAAGAAAUGUGAGACCACGCGCCAAACAUACAACCAAGAAACGUAGCAAAUAUAAGGGAGCCAGAUCCUAAUGGACACAACACAACCAGGUACACAUACAAGCCAUACUGAAAAUACAUGAUCGAGUGACAAUUCACCGGCCAUGAAGGGGAGGAAGAGGCAUCAUGCCAUGUCCUGCUGCGUGCUUCUCACCGUUCUCAUCAUCCUGGGCAUCCUCUCCAUCGUGCUCUACAUCCUGUACCGCCCGCUCCCGCCGCGCGUGGUGACUUCGCCCGUGGAAACCAUCGUCCAAGACUUCAGCCUCCUCCCGCCGUCGCUCACGCUGUCCGCGAGCGUGCACGUGAUGGCGAGCAACCCGAGCCGCGCGCCGUUCCGGUACGGGGAGACGGUGACGGCGGUGACGUACCACGGCGAAGCCGUGGGCUCGACGGUGGUGCCGGCCGGCAAGAUCGGCAGGCAGACGACGUCGUGGGUGGCGCCGCAGACGGAGGUGGACGGGAUCAAGGUGGCCGAGAGCCCACACUUCGCCAGCGACGUGGUGGCCGGGGCGCUUCCGUUCGUGGUGGUGGUGAAGCUGGACGGAAAGGCGCUGGUGCUGCGCGCGUUUGAGGUGAGCGUGACCGUCGAGGUGGUGUGCUACGUCCAGGUGUACGUCCUCCAAGGGGACAGCAGCUCGCACUGCGUCUCGAAGGUCCGCACAGGGCCUGGACGUAAUUACUAGGCGUGUGCCACUCGUAAUCCAUCGUCUUGUGCCACAAUUUGUUUUAUUUUUUUCCACAGUUUGUAAGUCAGAAGCUAUAUAUGGACGUUCCGGUAUGGAGAAACACGAAAAUGUUGUGAGUUCCUAGUACAUUCUGAAGUUGAUUCGAGUCAAUUACAUCA